UCUAUUUUAUUGACCAAGACAUUUCCAGGCUAGUGUUUUAAACAGCAAAAAAUGUCAUAAAUCAGGCAAAAUGAACUACUUCUUUACAUUCUAAUGUGAUUUUGUUCUACAUCUAUCAACGAUAAACAGUUCAUCGCAAUAAAAAAUGUGUGCCUUGCCAGCCCCUCCUGCUCCACCCCCUGGAAAGAGGAAAGAGAUUUAUAAGUAUGAUGCCCCAUGGACAGUAUAUAGCAUGAACUGGAGCAUUAGGCCUGAUAAAAGAUUUCGCUUAGCUCUUGGUAGUUUUGUGGAGGAAUAUAACAAUAAAGUACAAAUAGUCUCCCUUGAUGAAGAAACAUCUGAAUUUACAGCCAAGAGUACUUUUGAUCAUCCAUAUCCUACAACCAAAAUCAUGUGGAUUCCUGAUGCAAAAGGGGUUUUCCCAGAUCUGCUAGCUACCAGUGGUGAUUACCUAAGGGUAUGGAGAGUGAGUGAUAAUGAUACAAGAUUAGAAUGUCUCUUAAACAAUAAUAAAAACUCAGACUUUUGUGCACCAUUGACAUCAUUUGACUGGAAUGAAGUUGAUCCAAACCUUCUUGGAACAUCAAGUAUAGACACAACAUGUACAAUUUGGGGACUUGAGACUGGCCAGGUCUUGGGACGAGUCAAUUUGGUAUCUGGUCAUGUAAAGACACAGCUGAUAGCACAUGAUAAAGAGGUGUAUGAUAUCGCUUUCAGUCGGGCAGGAGGUGGCAGAGAUAUGUUUGCCAGUGUUGGUGCAGACGGUUCAGUUCGAAUGUUUGACCUUCGACAUCUAGAACAUUCUACAAUUAUCUAUGAAGACCCACAGCACCAUCCAUUACUAAGACUUGGGUGGAACAAACAAGAUCCUAACUACCUUGCAACCAUGGCAAUGGACGCAUUAGAGGUGGUGAUUUUGGAUGUGAGGGUACCUUGUACACCAGUAGCUAGAUUGAACAACCAUAGAGCAUGUGUCAACAGUAUUGCCUGGGCUCCACAUUCUAGUUGUCAUAUUUGUACAGCAGCUGAUGACCAUCAAGCAUUGAUUUGGGAUAUACAGUCCAUGCCGAGGGCAAUAGAGGAUCCUAUCUUGGCCUAUACAGCAGCAGGGGAGAUAAAUCAGAUACAGUGGUCAUCAACACAGCCAGAUUGGAUCGCCAUAUGUUAUAACAAUAGUCUUGAGAUUCUGAGAGUGUAAUAUAUUAUCAGAAUGUUCCAUGUAAAACCAUAUUGAAUUAGUAAACAUUUAUUUGUCAGAGGUAUCUCCUUUUACCAAGUUUCUAAGGGGACUCAUUUAAAAAAAAGUUUCCUUUUUCUGCUUAGAAAAAUGGAAUUUAUGGAUUAUCUCCCUUUGGUAAUUUGGUUAAGGAAAGACAUCUUCCAAUAGUAAUUUACAUGUUUGUAUUUAAGGAAUACAAUUGAAUUAUAUGUAAUUUUACUGAUAAUACUUUUACGUUUCAGACAAAAAACAUGGUUUGAAUUAUCUACCCUUGAUCAUGUAAAAGGCCAAAUAGAUAGCUAUUUUGUAAUCUCCCUUGCAUAUUUAUUAUUUCAAUUUCAUUUCUGGAUAAAGAGGAUUUUACCCCUUCAGUGUUUCAGGUUCCUAUGGAUUCAUUUUAUAUUGUUCCUGAUAUACCAGAUUUUUAUUACUUACAUAAAAAGAGGUAGACAUUCAAGAGAUUUAAAUAUUAAACAAGAUUUGGAUUUUUUAUAAUUGUAUUUUUUUGUUAGUUUAAACCAUCAAGUAAAAAAACUGACUAUUGUCAUUACAAAUGUUUUCCAAAUCACAAAAAACUAUGUCCUGAAAAUACAUGACAAAUUAUAACAAAAUUAAAACUUUGUCAGAAUUUUUAAGCAUCUGAUGUAUUAAAAACAUAUCUUGUUGGUAAUCAUAUGUGCAUUCAUUCAUAUAUUGAAUUUUAUCCCAAUUAUUUUGACAAAAAUUUUGAAAUUUUAUUUGUUUUUCAUUCCAGUCACACAAACAAUGUAUAUAGGCUUAUUUAUAUUUCAGCGAAAUGUUGGUUUUUUACUUUAACAAAGGACAUAAACUGCCGUUCCCCUUUUGUAAACUCAUUUUCCUCAUAAAAAUGUAAAAAACAUGCCAAUCAUUCAUGUCUUUUGUAUAUAUGCAUUUUAUUUGAAAUUUAAUUUCCUGUUAUAUAGCUGCCAAUAUUUUCAGUGAACCCUGACAUAUUAUGUAUAAAAAAAUUGUCAAAUGUUUUAGCCUUAAAACAUGUAAAAGGAUAAUGUUUACUCUUGAAAUUACAAAUGUAUAAUUGCUCAGAUAGGGACCUCUUGUUAAAGGUGAGUUUAUCCUAUUUAAAAAUAAAAUAGUUUACCUGAUCCACAGGAAUAAUUUUGGUUUCAAGAAAUUUAAGGAUUUUUAAAUAUCUCCCGAUCUGUUAUGAUUUGAAAAUAAUUAAAAGCUUACAAAAAGUGUAUAAUGUAGAGCAGUCUUUGACAUGAAGUGUUUAUUUAAACAUUUAGAUAGUAAGAUAGUAUUCUAGUAAGUAGCUGUAUAUAAUUUUUUAUUAUUAAAUGUCAUUAUGGUUUAAGUACUAUUUAUAUAUGUUUGCUUCUAAUUACUUGUGAAACGUCUUUGAAAAUACAAAAAAUACCAGAAAAUUUGCCUGAAUAAGUAAAAUUUGCAUCACAAAAAUGCUGCCUUUAAGAUUUGGCAGCAGACGGGCAUUUCUUACUUGACUUUGGGGUCAUAAGGGACAAAAAGUUGUGAAGUAUAAAAUCAGUUUACCGCCAUUGAACUGUCAGAGCCUUGGUUAGUGUAUUUUGUUUUACUUACUUAAUUUAACAGGGUGGCCUCAUUUUGAUACAAUUUAGCCUCAUUUUCAUUCUGUUUACUGUGUGAAAAUUCUUUCAAUCAUGGAUUUAAGUUUUUUAUGCAUUUUUCAUUUUUUCAAACACUAAGCAGAACAGUUACCAAUACAAAAAUAUGCUUUAUGAUUUUAUAAAAUUUUUAUUAACUAUGAAAUCCACAAAGAAAUAUUUUUUCACAUUUUCUUUUCAUAACAUGAAAAUUUAUACCCGGUAUCUGAAAUAUCUAGUUUCCUUUUUUUCAGGAUUUGUAUGUUUAUAGUAUGUCUUAUAUGUGUUUGCUUUUGGCAUUACCAAAUUAUGUCUUUUAGUUUUAUGUCUUGAAUAAAUAUUACUUGUCA